AAACAGCAAACCAGUGACACAAUUGUCGAGGAAAGCCAUCCUCGAAGUGGACUCAUAGAUGAAGGCGACGAAGAAGAGGCCGAUGAGGAGGAGAGGGAUGAGGUGGAGGCGGGAGAUCAACGGCCCAAUAAGCCGGGUCGGGGGCGUGGGAGGGGAGCAUCCGGUGGUCUACCGCCCGGAUUAGCCAAAAAACAGGGACAGCGACCCGAUAACCAAAACCAGGGAAACAAUAACAAGAAAAAUAAAAAACCAAAAAACAAGGGAAAUAAACACAAUAACGACAAUAACAACAACGGCAACGACAACAGACCCCGACCCCAGACACCGGCAGAUACUGCCAUCGAGCCCUCGGACGUAGAAAUUAAUAUCCCAGCGUCUGAGUGGCGACAACUGGAGCGCCUGAAACACCACUGGGCCAACACAGCCCAUACAAAGUCGGGUCUGAGCCGCAAAUUUAUCUUCUUCUUGGAGAGGGACACCAGUUAUCAGAGACACGACGCGUGUCUGACGCCCGACAACGCGUUGGGCAGUUGUCAUUACGUACAACACUGUCCCAUACCGGACGUGAUCCGCAGUUUUGACAAAUUCCUGUCCUAUGUUUGCUUCAUUCACAACCGAUAUGUGGGCGUCUGCUGUCCCGACGACUACUUGGACGACAAUAGGUCACCGCAACCCUCACAGCCCGUCGUGUCCGUCGCCCCCACCCGACGACCGAAACAGCCAUUGAGUGCGAGACCUACUACGAGACCGCAUACCCGACCACAGGUACCAUCUGUUGGCAAAGCAAACGAUGGCAGCGAUUAUGUUAACGACAUCUGUGGUGUAUCAGAAAAUACGCGUAUUAUUGGCGGCGCUUUGGCCGACCCUAAAGACUGGCUUUGGAUGGCUGCCAUAUUGUUAACAAAGGAGACAAAGCCCUACUGUGGCGGUGCUGUCAUUACGGAGCAGCACAUCCUGACCGCCGCCCACUGUCUUAAAGAUGUAACACCGGACCAAAUAAUCAUACGGUUGGGUGCGUACGACUUUAGCCCAUCGGCGGCGCCGGAGGCCCAGGACUACGGCGUCGAGUAUUUCAAGAUACACUCGCAAUACAACCGAUACACGAACGAAAACGACCUGGCUAUUAUCAAACUGAGCCAAAAGACCCCGUUCACCGACUCUGUCAAACCCAUAUGUCUGCCCCAACGUAAUCGCGACUACGCGGGACAGUUGGCAGUGGUCACCGGUUGGGGUCACACGAGUUUUGGCGGC